UACAAUUUUGUAUAUAUAUUCUACUAGUUGUAUUUUGUUUAUGUUUAUUGUGGGGAACAAAUAUUAUAUAAAGUUUAAAUAAAUAAUUAAUAAUAAUAAUAAUAAUAAUAAUAAUAACAAGUUAAAUAAAAUCUAUAAAUGGGUUUAUGGGAAAAUUUUUAUAGCUAUUUUAAAUUAUAUUUUUUAUUAGCGUUAUAACCAAGGUUAAACCAAAUAGUAUUAAAUAAAAUCAACAGUGGGAUUAAGAUUUAUCAAUGCAUGUUGCAAUGAAAUGUAAUAAUUAAGUUAAUAAUAAUCAUGACGAGAAAUUUAACAAAUUUCAUAAAAAUGUUUAUAUCAUGUAUGUACGGGCACACACGUAAUUUAACAUAUUUGAUAGUAACAAUAGUAGUGUUAUUUUACUGUUUAACUCCUAGUCGUUUUGCAUCACAUUAUAAUUUUAUAAAAACUCAAGAUAUUUAUAGUCACCUUGAAAAAUCAUAUGAACCACGUGAAAAUUCAUGUACACUAGCCAUAUAUUCUUAUAACAAUAAAAAUAAUAAUGAUAAAGAGUUAUCAUCAUCAGAAUUAUGGUAUCCAGAAGAGAAUCCACGUCAAGAUCCAGUUGUGAUGGCACGUCGUCUUGGAAUUUUACCCGGUGGACAAUGGAAACCUCUGAAUUGUCAUCCAUUAUUUAAUGUUGCCAUUAUUUUGCCAUAUCGUAAUCGUAAACGACAACUUGAUAUUUUUAUGAAUUAUAUUCAUCCAUUUUUACAACAGCAAAAUUUAGAUUAUAGAAUAUUUGUUAUUGAACAGAGUCCAUUGACUGAAUUUAAUCGUGCUAAAUUAUUUAAUGUUGGAUUUAAAGAAGCCACUAAAAUAAAUGAUUUUCAUUGUUUCAUAUUUCAAGAUAUUGAUUUAAUACCACAAAAUCCAAAUAAUAUAUACGCAUGUACUAAAAUGCCACGACAUAUGAGCUCAAGUGUUAAUACAUUUAGAUAUAAUUUACCAUAUACUGGUUUAUUUGGUGGUGCUAUUGCAUUAACACGUAAACAAUUUGAAAAAGCUAAUGGUUUUUCAAAUAUUUUUUAUGGAUGGGGUGGUGAAGAUGAUGAUUUUUACAGUCGUUUACAAUCACGAGGUUUUAAGAUAAUGAGAUUUGGACCUAAUAUAGCUCAAUAUUAUAUGCUAUCACAUAAAAAGGAACCACCAAGUAAUUCAAGAUUUGCUAAUUUGGAAAAUGCUGCUAAAAGAUAUGAUUCUGAUGGUCUCAAUAAUUUAGAAUAUACAGUUUUAGAUCAUCAAUUGCGUCCACUUUAUUCCUGGAUUUUAGCGGAUGUAUAGUUACUUUUUUUAUUUUAUAUUAUUAACAUAUAUAUUUUCAUUAAAAAAUUUAUAAACUUUAAUUCAUAUUAUUUAAUCAUUCUCUAUAAAUUAAAUUAUGAAAAACAAAAUAAAAUAGUAAUUUAAUUUAUCAAAAAUUUGUAUUAUAUAUAGUUAUUAAUUAAAACUAAUAAUAUAUUGAAUGAAUGAAUAUCUCAACUAGUACUUAGUUAAUUUAUCAAUAGUAGUAAAUUUUAUUGUUCAAGGUUUUUUUUUUCUAUCAACAAAUAAAAAUUACCAAAUAAAAAAAAACCAAUCUAGGAAUUUUGAAUUAUAGUAUUAAAAAAAAUUAUCUUAUAAAUAAAUAUUAAAAAAAAGAAUAAAACAUAAAAAUGUU